UGUCACCAUACCGGUGUCACUCGUCAAGCCGCCCGCUGUUGCUGCUUUACACUCCCUGUAACAUACCAAAGCGGAUCCAACAUUUUCACACAAAAAAAAAAAAUGGCCAAGAAGCGGAGAGACAGACGGGAGAGCGACGGCCUGUCUGCGGCUCAGGAAGAGGUGAAGGCGAAUACCAGCGACUCACAAGUACUGAAAGAGGCUCAGCACACGGCCGGGGGCUCAGCUCGCAUGUCUUUUUUGAUACUGGUGGCUAUCUUCUCCUGCGCUGCCUCAGUCAUGUAUCUGGUCUAUAGGAACUUCCCCGAGCUUCCUGAUGAUGAAAUGGAAAAGAUCAAGAUCCCUAAAGACAUGGAUGAUGCCAAAGCCCUGGGAACAGUGCUGUCCAAAUACAAAGACACCUACUACACCCAAGUGUUGGUGGCCUACUUUGCAACAUAUGUUUUCCUCCAGACAUUUGCAAUCCCUGGCUCUAUCUUCCUCAGCAUCCUGUCGGGAUAUCUUUACCCAUUCCCUUUGGCUCUGUUCUUGGUCUGCUUGUGCUCUGGCCUUGGUGCUUCCUUUUGCUAUAUGCUGUCAUACCUGGUGGGCAGACCUGUUGUCUACAAAUACCUCUCAGAGCGAGCACAGAAAUGGUCCCAGCAGGUUGACAAACACAAAGAUCAUUUAAUCAAUUACAUCAUCUUCCUGAGGAUAACCCCGUUUCUUCCCAACUGGUUCAUCAACAUCACCUCACCGGUCAUCAACAUGCCUUUGGGAGUUUUCUUCAUCGGUACUUUCCUUGGAGUGGCACCACCAUCUUUUGUAGCCAUCAACGCAGGUACACAACUGUACAAGCUGACCACAGCGGGAGAGGCGGUGUCCUGGAACUCGCUAGCCGUGCUUGGCGUCCUGGCUGUGCUCUCCAUCCUGCCCGUCUGCUUCCGGAAAAAUUUGCAGAAGAAACUAGAGUAGAGCGCUAAACACCUCAGCACCUCAUCUGCUGGCUGAUCCCAACGCCCUCUCUCCCUCGGCUCAGGAAUGUGCAGCUGUCACUCAAGUUGCUUUAGCUCAGAGUCUGACUGCUGACACAAAAAGCACUCAUUGACAACAAAAUGCAUGCAGUGUUGCGUCGAUCCUGAUGUGAAAUAAUGUCUAAACUGGCCGCUGCUUGCACAGGAUAUUUGUUUUCUGUGAAUUAUUGUUUUGCUUUUUUGUUAGUUUUGUCAAUUAAGCACAUCUUGUAAAUAACAUUUAUUUUGCUGUCAUUUUUAUUUAAGGCUUUUACUCUCGUUUUUGUGUAAAUCUUACCAGAACAUUAAAGGUGCUACAUGUAGGAUGUUAAUUCAAAAGCAUUAUUCUAAUAAUGCAGGAAACCGUUUCUGAACUACUUUCCUCUGAAUAAAUAUUUUUCUCAUCUUGAGAGAACGACUAAAAACAGCACCAUCAGUAUCUUGUUGAAGAUAUUGAUAAUAUAUAUAUUUUUAUCUCUGAUUUUUUUUUUUUUGUAUCUCUGAAAAAAAAACAACAACAACUGAAUCAAACACACAUGUAGCACCUUUUAAUGCCGACUCCCUUUUUAAUAUAUUUUCAACAUGCUUGUGACUAAUUCAAUCUAAUGAAGUGCAACAGCACAGCAAUAACCGUCACACUGAUGUUGAAAAUGGAUUUCGAUUAUUUAAAAGUGAAACUUCAACAUCUGUUGGUGCGUGCCUCAGCAAACACUUGCAGUGUGAGAAAGUUCCACGUUAUUUCUCGAUAGAUUCCUGGAGUCACUGCCAUACAAGUUCUUUCUUUUCAUCAGUCUCUGUUCAUUUUAUUGGAAUACAAGCAGCUCACUCUAUGCCGCUGUAACUUGUGCAGACUAAACUGAUGCAAUAGUUCCAUGGAGGACAGCUGAGCUGCAGGUUGCUGAACUGCACAUUGCUGUUAAUUGUAUUUAAGAAGGGAGCGUAGAUGAUGUCAACACAGCAAAAGGAAAGCCAAACAGCGCAACAUGGUUCUGUAAACUUUCAGGGAGAAAUGGGUUCCAAGUGUUACCCUGCAUGUUAUGAGUGCUCUUCCUUGUGUGUUUUCAGAUGAUGUGUAUCUGCUGUUUGUUUUUGUUUUUUCAAGUUAAGAACUGGAGUUGUUGUCCUUAUCAUGGAUGAUAAUACAGAGCCCCCAAUAUGACUGCAAAUGGACAGAUUACCCAAGCCUUACUUUAGUUUUUAACUGCUUAUAGUCUGCAACCAUGCAUUGCAUUGAGAUGCCAGAUUUGAUGUGUUGUUCUCUGCUCUGUAGAUUGUGUGCUUGAAUCCUACUGUUUUUUUUUUUUUUUAAAUUGAAAUGCUAGUUGUUUUUUUUUCCACUUGUGAACCGAACUAACUUUUCAGCUGCUGCUUAAACCCUCCUUGAAUUGUCACUAGAGACCUUGAUGCAGUUAUUGUACAUGUGAGUCACUGACGUUUUCUUUUAUCUCUUAAAUCUGCACAUUUAUAAGGGCAGGUUGUUUGGUGCAUUUAAAGAUUUUCCUGUUUGUACUACUUAUGUCUUACUGUCCAACAGAAUUUGUGUACUGUAACAUUCAUAACAUCUCAAACCCAGAUUUGAAACAGCUACAUAAUUUACGAGUACUCGUACUGUAUGAGGAUGCUAAUGUCUGAGCACUUUCUGCUCUCCUGGUAUUGCCAAGUAUAGCUUUGUUUCAACAUACGGUUGGGUUGAUGUAAUUGCUCUAGCUGUUUAAUGCAAAAGCUGCAUUUAUAAUUUGGUGAUUUGGUGAUUGUUGUCCUGGAAAUGAAAAUGCAUCAUCACUAAGGUGAUGAGUGCUUAAAUUUUUUUUAUUAUUUUAUUUAUUUAGAAGCUAGAUACACUUUUUGGGACUUCUUCAUAACAUUAAAUCCCAGGAUAUGAUUAAUUUAGAUUUUUACACCUUUAUUUACUUAAAUAAUUAAUUGUAAACCUAUACUUUAGGUCACACUGAUCAUACCAAGAUUUGAUAUACUAUUUACCGUUUUUUUUCCUAUAACUUCAUCAAUGAUCAUUCUUGUUUUAACCCUCUGUAGACAUUUCACAAAGCAGUAUUAUUUUUUACUGAGCAGUGAUGUAUAGCAGUAUGAAAUGUUUACAGAAUGAAAACGUCUGUCCUAUCUAAUUAUUUUUUUGAAUAUUUAUUAAAUCAUUAAAAAUAUCUUAAAAGAA